AUGUUAUAUAUUAAAUCCUCAGAUACAGUUGAUAAUGUUAAAACUAAGAUUCAUGAAAAAGAAGGUAUCCCACCAGACCAACAACGGCUUAUAUUUGCCGGAAAACAACUUGAGGAUGGAAGAACACUUUCAGAUUAUAAUAUUCAAAAAGAAUCUACUCUUCAUUUAGUUCUUCGUUUACGUGGAGGGGUUACUGAACCAUCACUUAUAUUAUUAGCUAAAUCUUAUAAUUGCGACAAGCAAGUUUGCUGUAAAUGCUAUGCACGUCUUCCACCACGUGCAACAAAUUGUCGUAAGAAGAAAUGCGGUCAUAGCAAUCAAUUACGUCCAAAAAAAAAAUUGAAGGAGUAG